CUGUGGCACCCCAGACAGCUUUUAUCUGCGAGACAUGCCCCAGCAUCCACUUAAAGCUGGACAUCAGUUGUGAGCUGUGGAUCAGACAAUAUAUUAACUUGGGAUGUCAACAUAAAGAACCACUGGAGGGCUGAGGAAUUAAGACUCUUUGGGUCUUACUAUACAAAGAGAAGAGAGCACCAAAAAGAAAGGUCUCAGACCAAAGGCAGUGCCUGCUCCUCCUCUGUGCCAGGGCCUUCUGCUGCCAGAAUCAGGGGAAAACCAUGGACCGCUCAACGCAGGAGCUCUUCCUCAAUUUCAUGAUCGUCUUAAUCACUGUGCUGCUGAUGUGGCUGCUCGUCAAGACCUACCAGAUUGAAGCAUGACAGAAGGAAAACC